AUGCUGUUUGCGCACGCCAAGGACAAGUGCGCGUUUCUGGACGCCGGCGCCAAGCCCUUUGCGACAUUGUGGGCCGAGACCGAGGCCGACGACGCGCUCAAGGCCCGCGUCUACCACCAGCACGCGACGCUCCGUGCGUCGCUCGAGCAGCGUGACGAAGAAGGCAAGGCGAACCCGGACGACGAAGAAAAGGCGGCCCCGAACGAGGAAGCAUCCAAGGCCGAAAUGCCUUCGGACGCCAAGCGCAAGCGUCGCGACAAUCCCAAGGUGCACGUCUUUAUUUUGUGCACUCGCUCGACCAAGGGCGCGACGGGCACAAGAAGCGUCUUGGGCAAGGGGUAG